UUUUCCUGAGGCACUCCCAAAAGCAUGGCUGAGGUGAAUCCUUCGACUGGAGAUGCAGUCACCGAGCAAGACAUUGCAUCCAAUAGUCACUCAGUAAAGGCGGCAGUUUCGAAGGAAAAUGAACAAGUUGCGAACAAUUGCCAGGAGGACGGAACGUUAACAAAUACAGUACCAUAUUACAAGCUCUUCUCCUUUGCUGAUGCCCUGGAUUAUAUCCUAAUGUCUACUGGCACAAUCAGCGCUGUCGGACAUGGACUCUGUAUGCCCCUAAUGUCUGUAGUCAUGGGAGAUAUGAUUAAUUCCUUUGGAGAAACUAAGGAUAUUAAGGAAGUGGCUAAUGCAGUUUCCAAGGUGGCUCUGAAAUUUGUUUACUUGGCACUGGGGGCUGCUGCUGCUUCAUUUCUACAGAUGUCAUGCUGGAUGAUCACUGGAGAGAGACAAGCUGCACGAAUACGAAGUCUAUACUUGAAAACCAUCUUGAGGCAAGAUGUUGGCUAUUUUGAUAGAGAAAUCAACUCUGGAGAAAUUGUCGGGAGGAUGUCAGGUGAUACUAUGCUUAUUAAAGACGCUAUGGGCGAGAAGGCAGGGAGUUUCAUUGAGUUAGUUGCAACAUUCAUUGGGGGGUAUGGAAUAGCAUUUACCAAGGGAUGGCUUCUCACCCUUGUCAUGCUAUCCUCUAUUCCCCCUCUUGUCUUCACUACUGCUGUCCUGAACCACUUCAUAGUGAAAUUGGCAUCCAAUGGACAAGCUGCAUAUUCAGAAGGGGCAACUGUUGUAGAGGAAACAAUUGGUUCAAUCAGAACUGUUGCAUCAUUCACAGGGGAGAAGCAGGCUACAUCUAACUACAAUGCUUCCUUAACUAAAGCUUACAAGUCGGCUGUGCAAGAGGGUUGGACAGCUGGUUUGGGCUAUGGUGCGGUUAUGCUUAUGGUAUUCUUUAGUUACGCUUUAGCUGUAUGGUUUGGCGGCAUAAUGAUACUUGAAAAAGGAUAUAAAGGAGGAGAUGUCAUGAAUGUAAUUGUUGCAGUCUUGAUUGGCUCCGUGUCCCUUGGGAAAGCAUCUCCAUGCAUCAGUGCAUUUGCUCCUGGACAAGCUGCAGCUUAUAAGAUGUUUGAGACAAUUAAUAGAAAGCCAGAGAUAGAUGCAUAUGACACUAAUGGGAGGAUAUUAGACGAUAUUUGUGGAGACAUAGAACUGAGGAAUGUUGAUUUUAGUUAUCCCUCAAGACCAGAUGAGCAAAUACUGCGUGGAUUUUGUCUGUCAAUACCUAGUGGUGCAACUGCUGCUUUGGUGGGACAGAGUGGAAGUGGUAAAUCAACCAUAAUCAGUUUGAUUGAGAGGUUCUAUGAUCCACAGGCUGGUGAAGUUCUUAUUGAUGGUGUCAAUCUGAAAGAGUUCCAACUGAAAUGGAUCAGGCAAAAAAUUGGCCUUGUCAGCCAGGAACCAGUUCUGUUUACUGGUAGCAUUAGAGAUAAUAUUGCCUAUGGAAAGGAUGGAGCAACUAUUGAAGAAAUAAAGGCUGCUGCUGAGCUUGCCAAUGCUGCAAAGUUCAUAAAUUUACUGCCUCAGGGAAUAGACACAAUGGUUGGUGUGCAUGGAACUCAGCUAUCUGGUGGACAAAAGCAAAGAGUUGCUAUAGCUAGAGCAAUUUUGAAGAAUCCAAAAAUCCUACUUUUAGAUGAAGCAACAAGCGCUCUUGACACUAAAUCUGAGAAAGUUGUGCAGGAGGCAUUGGAUAGAGUAAUGAUUAAUCGUACUACUGUCAUAGUAGCCCACCGGUUGAGCACAGUGAGGAAUGCUGACACCAUUGCUGUAAUACAUCAAGGAAUGAUUGCUGAAAAAGGACCACAUUGGGAGUUAAUCAACAAUCCUCAGGGAGCAUAUAGCCAGCUGAUAAGGUUGCAAGAUACUCGCCCUGUGUCAGAACAUACUGGUCUAAAUGUUCAUGAUUCUUUAUCACCAUUCAUAACUGCGGAAUCAUCUCCAAGAAGAAAUAGUAGAUCUUCUCCAAGAAGAAAUAGCAGUCCUAUCUCAUUCUCAAUCUCAUUUGGUAUUCCUACUGCAAGCAGUAUGCUUGACACGGCACCUGUGGAACCUGAUAUUCCCGCUUCAGCACUAGCGAAAAGGCCGCCAAAAGUCUCACUUCGAAGACUGGCUUACCUGAACAAACCAGAGAUCCCAGUUCUAUUUCUAGGUACUAUAGCUGCAGCAGUUAAUGGGGUGAUAUUUCCAAUUUUUGGGAGUUUGAUGGGGAGUGUAAUCAAGACGUUCUUUCAGCCACCCCAUGAACUCCGUAAAGAGUCAAAGUUUUGGGCAGUAAUAUUUUUGGUUCUUGGAAUGGCAUCUUUGUUGGCUAGUCCAUCGAAAGCAUACCUUUUUGCUGUGGCAGGAUGUAGGCUGAUCAAAAGAAUCCGAGAAAAAUGCUUUGAGAAGGUAGUUUACAUGGAAGUAAGUUGGUUUGAUGAAGCUGAACACUCAAGUGGUGCAAUUGGUUCAAGGCUUUCUACAGAUGCAGCGUCUUUAAGAGGACUGGUUGGAGAUGCUCUAGGUUUGGUUGCUCAGAACAUGGCUACAGUAAUUGCUGGGAUGAUCCUUGCUUUUGUUGCAAAUUGGCAACUGGCUCUUGUAAUCCUUGUUUUGCUACCUUUAUUAGGACUUAAUGGAUAUUUACAAGUUCAGUUCAUGAAAGGAUUCAGUGAAGAUUCUAAGAAAAUGUAUGAAGAUGCAAGCCAAAUAGCCAAUGAUGCUAUUGGGAGUAUUCGGACAAUUGCUUCCUUUUGUGCUGAAGAGAAGGUGAUUGAGUUGUACCAGAAAAAAUGUGAAGGCCCUAUUAAGACAGGGAUAAGACUGGGGUUUGUUACUGGGAUAGGUUUUGGGACAUCAUUGUUUUUACUGUUCUCAGUCUAUGCCUUGAGCUUCUAUAUUGGAGGUCUACUUGUUGGGGCAGGCAAGACAACAUUCUCUGCUGUUUUCCAAGUUUUCUUUGCACUCACUAUGACUUCAGUUGGACUUGCUCAGUCAACCACCUUAGCACCAGAUGCAAGUAAAGGAAGGGCCUCUGCUGCCUCCAUAUUCGCAAUUCUUGACCGGAAAUCAAAAAUAGACUCCAGUGAUAACUCGGGGAUGAUUAUAGAACACUUGAAGGGAGAUAUUGAAUUUCACCAUGUCAACUUCAAAUAUCCCAGUAGACCUGAUGUACUAAUUUUCAACGAUCUUUGCUUGACUAUUAGUCAUGGGAAGACAAUUGCUCUGGUUGGUGAAAGUGGAAGUGGGAAGUCAACAGUGAUCUCAUUGAUUCAAAGAUUUUACGACCCUAAUUCAGGUCACAUCACUUUGGAUGGAAUCAAAAUCCAUAAACUACAGCUGAAGUGGUUGAGACAGAAAAUGGGGCUGGUGUGCCAGGAGCCACUGCUUUUUAAUGACACUAUCCGAGCCAACAUUGCGUAUGGAAAGGAUGGAGAGGCAAGUGAAGCUGAGAUUAUAGCUGCUGCAGAACUCGGAGAUGCACACCAGUUCAUUAGUAGUUUACAACAUGGUUAUGAUACAAUAGUAGGUGAGCGAGGGGUGCAAAUGUCUGGUGGACAAAAGCAAAGAAUAGCUAUUGCAAGAGCUAUUAUGAAGGCACCAAAGAUAUUACUCCUAGAUGAAGCCACAAGUGCUCUUGAUGCUGAAUCAGAACGCGUGGUUCAGGAUGCAUUGGACCGAGUUAUGGUGGACCGAACAGCAAUCGUGGUUGCUCACCGGUUAUCCACGAUCAAGGGUGCUGAUUUAAUUGCUGUGGUAAAAAAUGGAGUCAUUGCAGAGAAAGGAAAGCAUGAAAGAUUGAUCAAUAUCAGCAAUGGGAUCUAUGCUUCUUUGGUAGCAUUACAUUCAAGUGCCUAA